UUUCCAGGUGUGGCUGUCUACACUGGAAUGGAUGCUAAAAUUGCUUUGAAUUAUAAGAGCAAAUCACAGAAACGCUCGUCUGUAGAAAAGUCUAUGAACACUUUUCUGAUAGUCUUCCUAGAAAUUCUUGUGAUUGAAGCAGUCAUUAGUACCAUCUUGAAAUACGCUUGGUGGUAUGAACCUUCGUACAAUGAAAGAACGACACAGGAGAAAAACAGCAGUAGAAUUCUGACUGGUAUAUCUGAUUUCUUGGCUUUCUUGGUGCUGUACAAUUACAUCAUUCCAAUUUCACUGUAUGUUACCGUUGAGAUGCAGAAGUUCUUGGGAUCUUUUUUCAUUGUAUGGGAUCUUGACUUGUAUCAUGAUGCAACAGGUCAGCGUGCACAGGUUAACACAUCAGACCUUAACGAAGAACUUGGGCAGGUGGAGUACGUGUUUACAGACAAAACUGGAACGCUGACUGAAAAUGAAAUGAAGUUCAGGGAAUGCUCUAUUAAUGGCAUUAAAUACAAAUACAUUAACGGCAGUUUGGUCCGUGAAGGAGUGACUGAGUUUGACGGGAAAAAAAACACUUUC